CCUGAGAAAGCUGUGACAUAUGAAGAUACGCCAGACUGCAGUGAAGUGCCGUGUGCGUCUGGAUCCAUGGAAUUUUCUGGUGCAACUUCGCUAGUUGAAAAAUCUCCGUUAGAAGAAUUUAUUCUAAAUACUCGCAGAACAAAGCAGCAUUCAAGGCAUAAUGCUCAACUGGAUGGUAUGGAAUUCACACUGUCAACUACAGUGACAACAAAAGUGGCAUCAAAGAAGCAUGAAAACGAAGAGAAUGUUGAUACAGAGUCAGCUUUAAGAAAUGAAACAUCCUUUGCACUUCCUGCUCCAGAGACUCCUUUUGUGAAGGGUCAGAUCGAGACGCAAGUAGAAACCAUGCCCUUUCAGGCACCUGCCUUCAACGAGAGCCAGUUCACUACAGUCACCCCAAUUAAGAAACCCACAAACACAGAUGAAUUGGCAGCAGCUGAGGUCCUUCCUGAAAGAAGGUGUCAUUCAAUGGAAUCGCAUCUCAACCUAACUCAUGUGGAUAGCAGCCAAAAGAAGAGAAAAGCCAAAAUAUUCGGAAGUCUUGAAAGAGGCCUAGACAAAGUGAUCACAAUGUUUACGCCAAGCAAAAAGAAACGAUCUGCUAGAGAUCACCCAAGGAAACUUAAGGCACACUAUAAUGUUACCACCACCCAGCUGCAGAAUCCAGACCAACUGUUGAAUGAAAUAAUCGCUGUUCUUUCAAAGAAGCAUGUGGAAUAUGUUCAGAAGGGUUAUACCCUGAAAUGUCAAAUACGGUCAGAUUUUGGCAAAGUAACUAUGGCGUUUAAGCUAGAAGUGUGUCAGCUCAGUAAAUGUCAGGUAGUGGGCAUCCGUCGACAGCGGCUUAAAGGUGAUGCCUGGGUCUACAAGAGACUGGUGGAAGAUGUCUUAUCUAACUGUCAAGUGUGA